ACGCCCAUUAAGUAAAGCGUGCCUCGGAAGUGUGUUUUGAAUUUGUCGCGGUUAGCCUAUGAUGUUAGGCCUAAUUUAGGGUUUUUUAACAAUGGGUGGUAAUUUUUAGUAGGAUAACCUUAGUUGUUAUUGGAAGUGUAUUGUGUUUGAGUUGAUUUAUUACGAUUGUUUGUCUUUACCUGACAAUCUAUGUCAUACAACUGCUUAACUAGGCAACUGACCUUAGCUAACAUGCUAACAGCAGAAAUAGCCAAUCUUUAAAGUUUAAGAGAACAGUUACCAAAUGGACCUUGAAUUCAAUUGUAAUUGACUUUUACGUACAUUAAACAAUCGUACAUAGCCUGGUAGCGUUGUGGCAAAAUGGACAGACACAUCAAUGUCAUGGAUAUGUUUGAGACUGGUAAAGUCUUGAAAGUGUGCGCACCUAUGGUCCGUUAUUCAAAGUUAGCUUUCAGAUGCCUGGUGAGGAAGUACGACUGUGAUGUAUGUUUCACUCCGAUGAUUGUGGCCGCAGAUUUCAUGCGCUCUGUUAAAGCCAGGGACAGUGAAUUUACCACAAAAAGGGCUGAUCAGCCUCUAAUCGUGCAGUUCGCUGCUAAAGACGCUCAGACGCUGGCAGAUGCCGCUUGUGUUGUUGCGCCUUUCUCUGAUGGAGUGGACGUGAAUUGUGGUUGUCCUCAGAGAUGGGCCAUGUCAGAAGGCUAUGGAGCCUGCUUGAUCAACAAACCAGACCUUGUUAAAGAUAUGGUGCGACAGGUCCGAAACCAAAUUGAAAAUCCCAACUAUACCAUGUCCAUUAAAAUCAGGAUCCACAAGGACAUGAGGAAGACAGUAGACCUAUGUCAGAAAGCAGAGUCGGCAGGAGUCUCCUGGAUCACAGUGCACGGACGUACAUCAGACGAGCGACACCAGCCUGUCCAUUAUGACGCUAUAAAGACUAUUAAGGACAGCCUGUCCAUCCCCGUCAUUGCCAAUGGAGACAUCAAGACUCUCCGGGAUGUGGAGUCAAUUCAGAACCUAACUGGAGUUGAUGGAGUGAUGGCUGCCCGGGGGCUGCUGGCCAAUCCUGCUAUGUUUGCAGGCUAUGAAGAGACCCCACUGGAGUGCAUCUGGGACUGGGUGGACAUUGCCCUUGAGCAUGGGACUCCAUUUACCUGCUUUCACCACCACCUUAUCUACAUGCUGGAGCGGAUUAGCUCUCAGCCUGAAAGGAGGGUGUUCAACAGCCUCUCAAGUACCUCAGCAGUAAUUGACUACCUCGAUAAUACUUAUGGCUCAGUAUGAACUUGGAAGAGGUGGCUUUUAAGAGACUUUAUUUUCACUUUGCGUUUUUUCAUUUUGAAUUAUUGUUUUAAAAUCUAGAAUAUUAUUAAAUUUGAUAUAUGCAAAUGAUUGUGCUGUCUACUUUUGCCAAAUGCUCAUAGAUAUUAUACUUAUUAGAGAAUACCUCAAAGUGUAUAGUGCUUGCUCACUUGAUAAUAAACACAUGUGCAAUUAUAAGUUAAAGGUGCAACUUAGAGACAGCAUGCAACAUUUUGCCACUUAUUGAAGGAUGUUUUGUAUAGGCAACUAAUACAGUUAUCAUCUUCAAAUUAAUUGUCAUGAUAUAUGGUCAUAUAAAGGACAGGCAAACAGA